GCAAGGCAGCGACCGCCACCCAGAAAGAGGUGGUGGCCCAGCCUGGCAACCUUGAGAAACCCUCGCAAACUGUGGCCUGGUGGAAAUCCUGAUGUGCUACAGGAUCAGGCUGACUCCAGGCCCUGUAACACCGGGAAAGGCCUCGGUGGCCAUUUCCAGCAGCCCUCAUCCUCAGCCUUGCGGGCCGGCGGGCCCCGGAGGCCUCCAUCCUCCCCUAGAGGGGUCAGGGCUGAGCCCAGCCUCCAUCUUUGCCUCUAAGGAUGGCAAACAACAGCGGCUCCAAGGCCGAACUCGUUGUGGGAGGGUAAUACAAACUGGUGCGGAAGAUCGGGUCUGGCUCCUUUGGGGACGUUUAUCUGGGCAUCACCACCACCAACGGCGAGGAAGUAGCAGUGAAGCUGGAAUCUCAGAAGGUCAAGCACCCCCAGUUGCUGUAUGAGAGCAAACUCUACACGAUUCUUCAAGGUGGGGUUGGCAUCCCCCACAUGCACUGGUAUGGUCAGGAAAAAGACAACAAUGUGCUAGUCAUAGACCUUCUGGGACCCAGCCUCGAAGACCUCUUUAAUUUCUGUUCAAGAAGGUUCACCAUGAAAACUGUACUUAUGUUAGCCGACCAGAUGAUCAGCAGAAUUGAAUACCUGCAUACAAAGAAUUUUCUACACCGAGACAUUAAACCAGAUAACUUCCUGAUGGGUACUGGGCGUCACUGUAAUAAGUUGUUCCUUAUUGAUUUUGGUUUGGCCAAAAAGUACAGAGACAACAGGACCAGGCAACAUAUACCGUACAGAGAAGACAAACACCUCAUUGGCACUGUCCGAUAUGCCAGCAUCAAUGCACAUCUUGGUAUUGAGCAGAGCCGCCGAGAUGACAUGGAAUCCUUAGGCUACGUUUUCAUGUAUUUUAAUAGAACCAGCCUGCCAUGGCAAGGACUAAGGGCUAUGACAAAAAAACAAAAAUACGAAAAGAUUAGUGAGAAGAAGAUGUCCACCCCUGUUGAAGUUUUAUGUAAGGGGUUUCCUGCAGAAUUCGCCAUGUACUUGAACUACUGUCGUGGGCUGCGCUUUGAGGAAGUCCCAGAUUACAUGUAUCUGAAGCAGCUAUUCCGCAUUCUUUUCAGGACCCUGAACCACCAAUAUGACUACACGUUUGACUGGACGAUGUUAAAGCAGAAAGCAGCACAGCAGGCAGCCUCUUCCAGUGGGCAGGGUCAGCAGGCCCAAACCCAGACAGGCAAGCAAACUGCAAAAAACAAGAAUAAUGUGAAAGAUAACUAAGCGCGAAUGAGGAACAGAAGAAGCGGAGCAGAUGAUUCGAGCAGCAUUUGUUUCUCCCUACAUCUAGAAAUUGUAGUUCAUAUGUACACCAGCUAGUGGCUGUGGACAACCAUUUAGUUGGUGUAAAAAACUUUAUUUCAAUAUAAACUGACUCUGGGGAGCGUUGGCGAUGCUGUAACCCAAGGUGUAGCCGCUGUAAUUGUGAAUAUUAACUGAGGUAGUGAAA